AUGCCGCUGCUGCUGAGUCAGGCUCUGUCAGCGACGCACCAGCGCUUGGGCUACUACGCGCCGUGGCGCAGCCGUUGCCUUUUGCUCUCGACGCUCGACGUCAUCAAGACGGGCCACACGUCGCCGCUGGGUCGCGUGGGCUGCGACGUCUGCGCGCAGACGAUAGACGAGUACCUCGACGCAACCAGCGGCACACUCGUCUUUCGUCUGCAGAAAAAGUUCAUGUGGCUUCACCAGCUCGCGUUCCACCUGCGCUUUCACGCAGUGACCGCGUUUGCAAGCCUGCGCCUCGUGCAGUGCCUCGACCUUCCGAACGGCCGCAUCGUCGUACACGAUGCCACGUAUGGCGCCGUGGCCGCCGACACGAGCCACCUCUGGGUCAUCGAGUGGGGUACGCUUCUCUCGGACGCCGCGGUGGGCAUCGAUCAGAGUCCCGGCGCGGCGAUCUCGGGCCACCUCUUCUACUUUGACGGUGUCACGCUCGUGCUGCACCAGCGCUGCGAGAUCACGCUCGCCGACGACCCAUCCGACUGCAACGUUCUUGCCGCUGCGGUCGACGACGGCUUUGCCAUCUCCCUCCUCGAGCGCCUCCACCAACAACGCUUCAUGAAAGCGGCGCUGUCGCCUGCAGUUCACCGCGCCGUCGCAAAGCGGUACUGGUCCCUUCUGGACAUCCUCCUCUCGCAUGGCGCCAACAUUGAGGCUGUCGACAAGAGCUUUCACACGCCGUUGAGCAAGGCCGUGGCCGACGCCGACGAAGCCUGCGUUGCGGAGCUCGUAAAGCGGGGCGCGUCACCCUUCAACCUCGCGUCUGGGAUCUCGCCACUCUUUACAGCCAUUCAGCUCGGCCAUGUUGGAAUCACUCGCCUCCUCGUGGCCGCGGACACGCCCAAGGCGCUGCUGAAAUGCGUGCCCGUCGAGCGCCGCGAUCUCUUCAAUCGGGCGGUAGUCUCAGCGCUUGGCUACGCGUACAUUUGCAACCAGCCAGAGGUGGCGCUGCUGCUCUUGCACGCUGGCGCGUCGCCGUCAACGGACUCUGACACGACGGUGCUUGCGUCUUGCAUCGCCCACGUCGAGAACGCCAUCGAUCGCAUGACGCAUGUGUUGGAGCUUCUCGACCGCGGCGCAGCACCCGACAUCCACGUGAGCUCAUCUCCAGAGCACGCCACGGCAAUGGUCUGCGCGAUCCAGCGUCGCGACUAUGACCUUGUGCGGCUCCUCAUCGCCCGCCAGGAAUACAUCCCACCGAUGGCGAAAGCCGCUAUGGAGGAGGCCGCCGCGGCCGUCUCGGACAGCGGCCGCAUGCAACACCUCAUCGGCAGCGCCAGCGCCAGCGUCAACUGGCUCGAGCUCCCCGCGCUCUUUGCUGCGAUCCAAGACGGGGACGUCGCCCGCGUAAAGGAACUUGUCGCCCCGGAUGUACUCCAUACGCGGCAGCGUAUCUUCGCGCUGGGGAGACUGCCACCCAGCGUGCGCCCCCUCCCGGGGGGGCCUCGGGGGAUUGCCGUGUCGCCGUUGAUGUUUGCCUACAUUUGCAACCAACCUGAGAUCGCGCACGAACUUCUCGAGGCCGGCGCCCCCGUGUGCAUGGAGGACGGCGAGAGCUCGGCGCUCUACUAUUGCAUUGCUUGCAUUGAAGACGAAACCACGCGCGUCGGACACGUCUUGGAGCUCCUCGAGCGCGGCGCCAGCAGCGACAUCAGCAAGGGCGAUGUGUCGCCACUGACGUACGCCGAAGACGCCGACAUGUUUCGAUUGUGGAGAUUCUCCACGCGUACCUCGAGGCGGCCGAAACCGCAUGGUUUGACCAUCCUCGCGAUGCGUCGCACCCGGCAGACGUCGCCACUGAGCCGAGCAUGA